AUGACUAAAACAACCGAAGCACAACUUAUUGAGAGUCUACGCCAUUAUGUUGCUCCAAAUUAUUUAAAUAGUACCACAUCAAUAUGGCACAAAUUACCAAUAGCAAGAAGAUCAGCUGUUUUCAUACUACUAUUUUCAGGUAAUAUGGGUGAAUUAAGAGUUUUAUUAACAAAAAGAUCUUCCAAAUUAAGAAAUUUUCCAGGUCAUGUAGCAUUACCUGGUGGUAAAGCAGAUAAUGGGUUAGAAUCAGAAUGGAUGGUAAGUAGAAGAGAAAUGCAUGAAGAAAUUGGAUUAAGUUCACUGGAUGAAACAUUAUCCAAAUUAGGAAUAAGUAUUGAACAUAUUUGUUUAUUACCUAAUUAUUUAUCAAGAACUUUUUCAUGUGUAAAACCAUGUGUUGGAUUUAUGAAAUUUAAAAGUGAAGAAAAUAUUGAACAUACAAUAUCAUCUAAAUUAAAUUUAGCUUUAAAUCCUGGAGAAAGUUCUUCAAUUUUUUCAUGUCCUUUGAAAGAUUUUUUAUAUCCUACAGUUGAUGAACAAAGUUUAGAAGCUUUAGAAAGAGUAUCAUAUAAAGUGAGUUGGGGUGGUAUACCGUGGGAUUUAAGAAGUUAUACCUUUUUACAAAAUAAUGUAAAUGACGUUCAUUGGUUAAGAAGUAUAAAUGAUCUUUCAGCUCUGGAAGAAGAAGAUGAUUUAGGUCAUGAAUUAGAUCAAGAAGAUAAAGGGAAAGUAACUCCACCAAAUAUACCACCAAUGAGAUCUCGAUCAAAAUCACCAACUCGUAAAAAACAAAAUUUACAAUCUUGGGGUAGAUUAGGUUCAAGAAAAGAUGAUGAAACAAAUGAAAAAAUAUAUGAUGUUUGGGGAUUAACAGCAAAUAUAUUACAUGACUUAAGUGAAAUAGUAUAUUUGAAUAAUCAUAAAAUUAAUAGACAUAUAGGAGAAGAAGAAUUAAUUUAUUCAUUGUUUGAAUUUGGGAAAUUAAUGCAAAAAAAGGAAAGAAGUGAUGAUGAAGUUAAAUUAAUUCAUUCUUCGAAUAUAAGUGAUGAUACAAAAGAAUUUGGUUUUAAAGAUAUUUUACCUAGCGAUGAAUUUAGUAGAUUACAUAGUUUAUAUAAAUUAUAG